AUGGCAUACACCACGGCGACCUCACCACCGGCUCUGGAUGCCGAUACCCACCACAGCUUAACACUAGCAACCUCCCUACCUCGAUCUACCACUCUACCUCAUGUUAUUACAUCUCUGCCCGCCGGGCCGAACCCCUCUUCAACGCCCUCAUUUACCUCCUCCCCCACGACUACGCCCGCUUCGGCAUACUUCGCGCCUGGCACACCAAAUGGCUUCACACCCGCCGGCACUCCUCUACAACCGCCGAGCGAGGGACCGCGAGGCCGGAACUUUGAAUAUCCUCUCCAGAUGCCAGCCCCACUUGAACUUGGUGAAUCAAUGAUGGCCAUACCCGGCAACCAGGGUUCCGCGAAUUCAAGCGAUUGGAUGGCCCCAAGCUCCAAGGGACCUGGUCUAAUGCGCAGGAUAUCUCGGGGGGCGGCUAACAAACUCACUCGAAGGAGACAGUCUGCUACUCAAAACGAUAAACGAGACCGAAGCUCCGGACCCGUUAUCAUGCGCCGGCGCAGUGACAGCAAGACUGGUCCCCAGCCCGUUCGUGAAUCCGCAUUGGACUCGAGCAAUGAGGAUGAUGCCAGCGAAGCCUUGGACAGCCUGGGUGCGUUCGCUGGUUCUGAGCCCUCUAGCCUCCGCAGCGAAGGCCGAAUGGCAUCCGCUCGUGAGGUUGGUGCUGCUGCCGCUGCCGCCGCCGCUGCUUCUGUCAUUGCACCCAAAGUGGACUCCGCGCUGCAGCGUGGAACUAUCUUAACAAAGCUCACUAAGAAACGCCGCAAGCAAGUACGCUUCUUUUUGGACUUGGACGCUGGAAAGGUCUUUUGGGAUCUUUCAAACCCCGCGAAACGCUUUUAUAUCGAUGAUAUCAAAGAGAUCCGUGUGGGUGCUGACGCCCGCAAUUAUCGUGAAGAACAUCAAAUUCCUGAGGAUGCGGAGCGUCGGUGGUUUACCAUUGUGAUUGCAGACUCGGGAAGUUUCAAGGGUCGGACAGUGAAGACUCUCCAUCUGAUUGCUCCUUCUGACCGUGUCUUCGAGCUGUGGACUACCACUUUGGAACACAUUGCUCGGUAUCGGAUCGGCAUGAUGGCCGGUCUGGCCGGCUCGGGCCAAAGUGAGACUGUCAUUCAGGCUCAUUGGCAACGUGAGAUGACUCGACUAUUCCCACAAGGACCUCGCCCCGGUGAGGAACAAGGUCUGGAUUUCUCUGCUGUCGAGAGCGUGUGCCGUGGUCUUCAUAUCAACUUCUCCAAGAACAUGCUUCGGGCACAAUUCGCCAAAGCAGAUGCUACCCACAACGGCAAAUUGAACUACGAUGAAUUCAAAGAUUUCCUUUGCCGCCUGAAGGAACGUAAAGAUGUCAAGGAGGUUUAUAAGAGCCGUUCCAAGGAGCCGAAGAUUGGCAUGACCCAGGAUGAGUUUUUGGGCUUUCUUUGCGACGUCCAGAAAGAAGAUGUCGACUCAGAUCGCGAUUACUGGGUCGCCCUGUUUGAUAAGUUUCUUCGCAGAUCGAGGCCUCGUGGCUCUGAUGCUUCCGAAGCAGCACCUACGCCGACCCGAUGGACCCUUGACAUGUUCACCUCUUAUUUGGCUUCGUCGAGCAAUGGUAUCUACGCAUCACGUGCUCCCCAGUCCCGAUUCGAUCGCCCAUUGAACGAGUAUUUCAUUUCAAGCUCCCACAAUACUUACCUGCUUGGCCGUCAAGUUGCUGGAGCUUCCAGUACCGAGGCAUACAUUAGCGCUCUUCAGCAGGGUUGCCGUUGUGUCGAGAUCGAUUGCUGGGAUGGUGCCGAUGGCCGCCCAAUCGUUUCCCACGGACGGACUAUGACCACUAGUGUCUUGUUUGCCGACUGCAUUACGGUUAUCAACCGAUACGCCUUCAUCUCGACCGACUUCCCUCUUAUCCUUUCCUUGGAGGUUCACUGCAACUCAGAGCAGCAGUUGGCUAUGGUCAAGAUCAUGAAAGAGACAUUUAAGGAACAACUAGUCCUUGAGCCCAUCAUGACCAACUACUUCAUUCUCCCAUCUCCAGAGGAGCUCAAGGGACGUAUCUUGGUUAAAGUCAAGACUUGCGACGAGCCACAAACCGAUUCCCGAAUCGACAGUUCUAGCACUAUGGGCACCACUGUGAGCACUGUUGGCACUCACGGCAGAAAGCGCAGCGCUAGUUCGCCCUUCGUUCGCCCGACCCCUCCGCCUGAGUCUCUCAAUGGACCGGUCCAUUCACUUUCAAGCCCUCUCAUACCUCAAGACAGACGUUCACUCACAGCAACCAGUUUGAGCAGUGCUACCGAGGAUAGUGACGGGGCUUUAAUAUCUGCCCACAGCGAGAAGAAGAAGCGACGGCGCCAAAAGAGCAAAAUCACCAAGCCUCUCUCAGACCUUGGUGUCUAUACUCGUGGCUACAAGUGGCACAGCUUCUCAUCGGUGGAGAGCAGGAAAUAUAACCACAUAUAUUCUUUUGCCGAGCGAUCGUUCGAAAGCAUUUGUCAGACCCACGACAACAAGGUUGCACUGGAAUCACACAACAGAAAAUAUCUCACCCGAGUAUACCCUUCAGGAUUCCGACUUCGUUCCUCCAACUUUGACCCCAACAAAUUCUGGCGUCGUGGCGUUCAGAUGGCGGCUUUGAAUUGGCAGACUUACGAUAUUGGAAUGCAGAUGAACCAAGCCAUGUUCGCGGCCGGAACUGAUCGCACUGGUUAUAUUCUCAAGCCUGAGAGUCUUCGACUGCCAGUCCGGGAUAACGAAAACCAGAAGCGCAAGACUGAAAGGCGAUUGGUCCGAUUCUCCGUUGAUGUGAUAUCAGCGCAGCAGCUUCCUCGACCUCGUACCAUUGGUCCGGAAGACAACAUCAACCCUUAUGUCGAGAUCGAGAUUUUCAGCGCUGAUGAUCGUGGCCAAAGCUUAGCAUUUGGCGAAGGCGGUAUGGAUGCCUCUGCGCGCAGCGGAAUGUCCGGUAUUGGAUACCCGCAUCGCCGCCGCACAAAGAUCGAGCAGAGCAAUGGUUAUAGCCCUGUCUUCAACGAUAGAUUCAAGCUGUCUCUUGAGACCAAGUAUCCCGACCUGGUUUUUGUGCGUUGGACCGUGUGGAGCUCCAUGGACGGUCGCAGCGCUGGCAACAACAAUAGCGUGCAAUUGGCCACGUUCACUGCUAAGCUCACCAGCCUGUCUCAAGGCUAUCGCUACCUGCCUCUGUACGAUGGCAAGGGGGACCAGUAUCUAUUCUCCACAUUGUUCUGCCGGAUCUCUAAGGAGGAACCUGUACCUGUCCAACGACUAGACUUGGAAGAACUCCGUGCCGAACGCAUGGGUAUCUUGCGCCAGAUUGGACAGACAGUCUUCAAGCGUUCCUCAUCUACCGACCGGGAGAAGGACCAAGCUCAGGAUCGCAGUGAACCAGUGAGCCCCGAAGAAAAGGACAGCUCUCCAAACCUCACUCCGACCGUUUCCACUGCAUCUACCUCAUCAUUCGCGCCUUGA